UGUGUGCCACCUCGGAUUGUAACUGUUCAAUGACUGUUAGUUUGAUCGCAACUUUCAAGCAGGUCGGGUCGCAUAUGCUCGUUACAAUGAGUUUUAUGUUUAAUUCAUCAGUUUGUCUAUCAAUAGUGCCAGAAUUUGCAGAAAGUGAAUAUCGUCCAUACUUCCGCAGAAUGUCAAAUUCUGGUUUAACGUCCGAAGCGCAAAUGAGAUACAUCCUGCAAUGGUUUCAAGAGUUCAGUGAACUCCAGCGUGAGGACUUCCUUCCUGUGCUGGCAGCAGCACGUAGCAAUCAGCCUGAGCAACUGGCAGCAAUACUCUCAUCUCUCUCCUGCGAAGACAAACCUGCUAGUCUGUUUCAAUGUCGAAUUAAGCUCUUUAAUGAGUGGUACCCCACAUGGACGGAAGAGGAACAGGAUAGAGUAGUAAAGGGAGUCUCAGAGAUGGAUUCAGAUUUUGCCACUAAGUUGCAAGAUGCAUUGCAAAAUGGCAUAAAGGUAAAUGGACAUGAUGACUUCUUCCAUGAAAUAAUUUCCCAAGAAAAUAAGACCGAUGAUAAAGAAGAGGAGGCAGUUGUAGAAAAUGUGAUUCCUGAUGCGCAGGUUGAAAGUGCAGCUCUUCAAACUGAAUGUGUCAUGUAAGAUAAUUGCCAUAUCCAAUAAUUAUUUAUUAUUCCAUGCUAUCAUGACCACAAAAUGUAUUCCCAUUUAUUUAUAAAAUAUUAUAUCAUAGAAACAUAUUAGACAGUAAUAUAACUAAACUACAGUAGUUAGCAGUGUAUUCUAGUUUAUAGUAGAAAUAUCUAAAAAGAGAUUAAAUGUAUCCAAAAAACGAGACUUAUAUAAUAUGUAUAAUAUUAGUAAAUAUUCUACUACAAAAAACACUUUUGCAACUGACUCAAUUUUCACAAAACAUUCCUUUUUUUAAAUUAAAUGUUUUUAGAAGAACUAAUAAAUGAAUGAAAUAAAGGUGAACACAUUAAAUUGUGGGAAUAGGUAUUAAAUAUAAGAUCCAAGUACUGAUGAUGGUAAUAAGAAAUUAACAGAAUUAUUAUUAAGUAUUUACAACAAAAACAAUUAGUUUGCUAUAAACUACACCUUAUAGUGUUUAUAAUAUAUAAGGCACAGUUUUAUAAGUAAAAUUGGAGGGCUUUGUAUCUGUAAUUUUUAUUUCUAGUUUUGUGGGUAUGUACCUGAAGUAAGAUUGUUUAUAUUAAUAUUAUUUACAAAUAUUAAAUUUUUUAUUAACAUUCCAUGCUGUCUUUAACAUUCCAAGCCUACAAAUUAUACAAACUAAGGAAGAGUAACUGUGUCGAAAAAAAUGUCCACUACAAAAUCUGACCCGAAUACAUGUAUACCUUA